AUGGCUUCUUCGGGCGCGACCCGCGACCUGACUAGGGCCAUCAACACCUUUAUCCUCUCGCCAAAGCUUCCCCUCCCCGACGACCUUACUGACAUCAUUGAGGCCUACCUUGAUAAACACAGCGACUAUGACCAGUCCACUUCCGAUCGGCUGGAAGAGGAACUCCUCUCUACCUUUACCAAGUCUGUUCAGAGCCAGCAGGCCCUGUACUAUGCCUCUUUUCUGGCCAUUCUCCGCCGUCUUCGCCCUUCGCUCCGGUCACCUGCGCAUAUUCUGCUAUGGUGGGAAAAGGUCAUCGAUCCCAUUCUGGACCAGUUAAACCAGGAGCGAGGGCUCAUGGUUAGAGCUCUGAACGAUAUCAACAAAUUUCUGGUUCCCGAUGGCGAAGACGAAGAGGGCGAAGAGGGCGACGAUAAAGACGGCACCAAUGGCUCCCCAAGUCCGAUUGUCAAAUGUCUAGUGCAGAAAUGGAUGGACGUCUGCAACGAUAUCCAGCAAGGUGGAGACUGGAAAGUGGUAUGGGUCAGGGAAAAGCCAAUACAGGAUGUCAUCACCGUGUUUGGCAGAAGGAGACCAAUGGACUUCUUCUAUGCCCUCAACGACUUGCUUGUGCAGAAAGAGUAUCGCUCUCGCUCCAUCACGCUGCUGUCCUCGUUCGCCCAAAGCCAACCGCCCAAUCUCUAUCUCGUGAUCAGAUCGCCGUUGUUCGACAAUCUCCUUCGGUGUCUCCAGUACGACACUUCUACAACGGUUGUAUCUCUGGCUCUCACGUCGUUGACCAUGCUGUUGCCAAACAUGCCGGGCUCCAUCGUUCCAGCCUUGCCGACGCUCUUCAACAUUUAUGCUCGGAUAUUGUUUUGGGAUCGUGAACCGCAGGUUCUGGAUGAAGCACAGUCUGACGCCAAUCGGGCAGAACCACACCAGCCAAAGACGGCGUGGGAGAAGUGCACAUAUGCGUUCGACAGCGACGACGUUUCGAUCCCCUACUUUCAGCUUCUGGGCUAUUACAACAUACUGUACGGUCUCUAUCCCCUGAAUUUUAUGGACUACAUUCGCAAGCCGCAGCGUUACCUACGUCAUGCCAACGUGACGGGUGCCGACGACGUCGAGGUGCAGCCGUCAGAGAUCCGGGAUCGAUCAGAGCAGUUCCGCCAGUGUCAUUUACUCCACCCCAACUUUUACAGUCUCACCAUUGAGUCGGAGAAGACCGAUUUUGGUCGGUGGAGGAGAAGUGCCACGGCAGACGUCGUUGCCGAAUGCGUUGGGCUUCACGUCUACGAUCAGAGUGGCACUGAUGUCAGCACUCAUCUGCAUCCCGGAGUUGCUGUGGCGACGACUUCUGCGUCUUCCCCCUUCCAGAGCCUAGAGGCAGGGGGAAUCAAGCAGGAGGAGGCGCUUCUUCGAGACUUGACUGUUCUGGAAAGCAGCGGGCUAGCUCAGGAUAGGCGUUUAUCAACACCAUUCAGUGCAAUUCUGCCGCCUCCGACCAGCAGCCAGACGGGGUCAGUCAUUCGCAGAAGCUCACAGUCCAGCAUUGUGUCAGAUGGUCAUGCACCAGAUGCAGGAGGCGAUAGUCCGACCCUCUCUCCUCUACUCUCGCAGUCCUUGUCACGCACGGAUCUGCAGGGGAUGGUGGAUUCGAACAAGGUGGUGCAAUCACGGCUGGACCAAUCACUCACGAACGACAGCGUGCUGUCUCUAUCGCUAAGCAAUCGGGACUCGGCACCUGAGGGCUUAUCGUCCGGCUUGAAACCGGCGGUGCGUCCGGGGCCUGAAAGGUCGCCUUCUCCGCACAGGGUGCCGACUAUCCCGACGGGAAAUGGCAACGAGAACGAAGAGAGCGAUCUUACGGCGAAGCAGAUGCAGCGGCAGAUAAUCAUGUUGAAGACCGAUCUCGGGUUUGAGCGGUACAUGGUGCAGCAGCAUCUGGCACAUAUUGGCGCACUGCGACGCAGCAACAUGAAGCAGGUGGUGACGGAAGCAGAGACGCAAAAUCUGAUCCUGAUUAACCGUACGCUCAAGAACCGGAUGGAGGAGGCGAAGAAGGCAGAGGCACAGGUCAAGAAGGAGGCGGAGAUGAGCCGCAACCGGUCGAAGAACUGGGAAGAGUCGCUGGCGAACAGGCUGAAGAAGCUCCGGGAGGAACAGAAGAAAUGGAAGGAAGAAGAGACGACGCUGCGGACGAGCCUGAAGAACUCGCAGGCCGAUUGCGCUCGACUUCUCGUGUUGGUGUGCGAAAAGGAAGUUCGGGAGCUCAAGCUGGAGCAGGACCUGCAGAUGCUGGAGGCCGGCAAGGCGGAGAAAGAGAGGUUGAAUGAAAGAGUGCGCCAUCUGGCAGCAGUAGAGCAGGAGGGACAGCGGCUGAAGGAGAAGUUGGCAGAGGUGGAGGCGGAAGCGACGGCGGCGAACAGCACGCUGGAAGUGUUGAACAUGAAGAUGGAGGCCCGAGAGGCAGAGUUUCGACGAGCGCACGACUAUUUCCAGAAGCAGAUCGCGACAGUGAACUCGAAGCUGGCGGAAGCACAGAAGAGCGGGCAGACAGCUUACAACGCGAGCCUGGCAGAGACGAGGGCGCAGGUAGAAAGCGCUUUGGCAGCCAGCCGGGCCAAGAAUUUGGAGUUGCAGAAGAGCCAGGCGCGGCUGACGAGGAAGUGCAAGAUUCUGGAAUCGAAGGUGUUUGAGCAGGCGUCCUUGUUCGAGGACCAGGGGCUGCGAGGGGACAACAUGCCGCCGACACAGUCUGACCAGGACACGGAGUCAGUGGUGAUGUAUGGAGAGCAAGCGAUGAGCGGUGGGAGCAGCAUCGCGGGCGUGAGCAUCGACAGCGGCGGCAGCAUUGCAGGGCCUCUCCGGUACGGACCACGACUGGCGUCGGAUGCAGGUUCGAGCGAAUCAGGUCCGUACCGGAAUCCGUCUGUGUCGGGGUCGAGCACUGGAGGCGCAGGGCCACUGGGCGAGACAGGAGCGACAGCGAAUGCGCAAGCAGAGCGAUACUAUGGUCGAGGCGGCGUGCAAAACUCGGUGCGCAAGGAACGAAAAGACAAGAAGAAGGAUGACAAAGACAGGAGGUCAGGAGGCCCGAAUAUUCGCGGCAUUCGCGGAUUUGUCGAGGCCGACAUACGAGCCCAACCGGCGCGUCGGGAGGGGACAGUUCCUCCCCGUCGCCCGGGGUUUCGUCUGAGCAUGGCGCCCGUGGUGGUGAUGCCGUUCCUGCAGGAGGUCGCGAUGGGUGUCGAAGCCGGCCGAGACGACGACGGCGGCCCGGAAGCCCAGCCACGACGACUUUCGGGCACGCGUUUCCGUCCACGAUGGCCGGUCACGACGAUGACGACGACGACGACGACGACGACAGCGGCCUCGGGUGCCGAGACGAGCACGAUCGCGGCCACGUACGUGGUGUCGAGCGCGGGUCUCAGCGCCGGCGCCAUUGCCGGCAUCACGCUCGGCUCCGUGGCCGGCUUCUUGCUGCUGGUCGGCCUGCUGUACGUGCUGUACCGCUGCAGCGACCGCUAUGACGCCGCCUCUGUCCGCGAGGAGGUGGUGAUCCGCGAGAGCAGCACCGGUCGUCGUCGUCGGACCGCCGUGUCCGUGGACGAUGACGACCGGCAAAGUGCUGUCGGUGCCGCCCACCGACGCCAUCAUGGCCGACGACACCAUCAUCGACGACGUUCGCAUCGCGGCCCCGAUCUCGUCGAGCAUGAGAUUCGCAUCGCGGCACCGGCACCACGGGCCCGCCGCCUCCGUCGGGUCGUCGACGAGCAGACGCUGCGACGACCACCACCCCCGCUGGCCGAGGACGAGAUCGUCGUCGAGGAGGAGGUCGUCCGGGAGAUCGUCGAUGAGCGCCGCUCGUCGAGACGGCAGACGGAGGUCGCCGCCACCAGCAGCAGCAGAAGCAGCAGCAUCCAUCGCCGACGUCGCUCGCGGUCGCGCCAUGACGACGCCGAGGACGAGGUGGUCGUGAUCGAGGAACACUCGCCCGCACCGUCCGGCCGACAUCGCCGGCACAGCAGCAGCAGACGGCGGUAG